UGCCGCUGGAGCUUGGGCUGGCGGCCGCGGGCCGUUGCCCGGAGCCGUGCCGCGGCGAGCCCCGCGGGGCAGAGAGCGGCCUCCAUGGGUGGCGGGCGGUGAUCCCCAGCCUUGCCCCACCUCGCCUCGUCCCCCUCUCUGCGCCGACAGCCGCCAUGGAGGAGGAGAGCAUGGAGGAAGAGGGCGGCGGUGGCUGCGAGGCCAUGAUGGACGAUCAGAACCACAACAACUGGGGCGCCGGCGGCUACGGGCGGCACCUGCUGGGCCCUGCCGCGGCGCCGCUCGGUGACCGUCUCCUGCGUAGCCCUGCCGCUGGGCCUUCGUGUGAACCGGAGCUCCCUAUGGUGCCCGAGGCCAACGGUGUGCUGCGAGGGUGUGAGCCGGGGGGCGCCGCCGGCAAAGGGGGAGCAGGAGCUAUCGCCGCCGCCAUCAACAUUAACGCCUCGACCUCUAAGUUCCUAAUGAAUGUUAUAACAAUUGAAGACUAUAAGAGCACAUAUUGGCCAAAGCUGGACAGUGCCAUAGAUCAACUUUUGACUCAGAGUCCUGGUGACUACAUCCCUAUCUCCUAUGAACAAAUAUACAGUUGUGUGUAUAAGUGUGUAUGCCAGCAGCAUUCGGAACAGAUGUAUAGUGACCUAAUAAAAAAGAUAACUAACCACUUAGAGAGAGUCUCAAAGGAGCUGCAGGCCAGCCCUCCAGAUCUCUAUAUUGAAAGAUUUAACGUAGCUCUUGGACAGUAUAUGGGAGCAUUGCAGAGCAUUGUGCCUCUUUUCAUAUAUAUGAAUAAAUUUUACAUAGAAACCAAGCUUAACAGAGACUUAAAAGAUGACCUUAUAAAGCUGUUUACGGAGCACGUUGCAGAAAAGCACAUUUACAACCUAAUGCCUUUACUUUUGGAAGCUCAGUCAACGCCGUUUCAAAUAACUCCUUCAACCAUGGCAAAUAUUGUGAAAGGCCUCUAUACACUACGACCAGAAUGGGUACAGAUGGCACCAGCUUUAUUUUCUAAAUUCAUCCCAAAUAUUCUACCCCCUGCUGUGGAGUCUGAGCUUCAGGAAUAUGCUGCUCAAGAUCAGAAACUUCAAAGAGAGCUUAUGCAGAAUGGAUUUACUAGAGGUGACCAGUCACGCAAGAGAGCUGGAGAAGAGUUAACAUACAAUGGCUCAUCAGCUUGUGCAAGCUCCAGGGGUUACAGAUAGUGAACAUGCUGGAUCAGCUUUGAUUUCUAGCCAGAACAGACACUGGAGGAGCACAGGCAGUAUCCGGAGCCUCCUUUGGCAACUGCUGAUACUGAAGCUCUGACACGAACUCUGCCUCAAAGAAGAGUUGUGGACUUUUCUUCUUUUCUCUAAUGUCAGUUGCUGCUACAGUUGGGAUGACUUUGAAAGACAGUGACUCCUUGGUCUAGCCUAUCAAGUUAAAAAUGCUCUGUGAUUUGUUGUGUGUGUGUGCGCGCGUGCGUGUGAGGAAUGCACCUUGACAAGCGAUCCUUUCACAGUGGGAAGAAGGGGCAGCCCAAAUCAGCAGCUUCCAAAAGCAUUAGAAUGGAAGAAUCCUUUUUGCACUCUUUUUUCUUAAUAUUAAGGACAUUCUUAAGACUAGUUUAACACACCUUGGUGUAGUAGUUUUUAAACUUGGAGGUAUUUUCUGGAGCCUUUACCUUAAAAGAAUAAGAAUAAAGUUUCCUUAUUUUGCAGUAUUUCUUUGUUAGUGGCAAAAAUGGUCACCUCUUAAGAGUUGGUCCCAUGUAAAUGUACCUUCUGUCAGGGAGUUUUGAAUUCCAGAUGUUUGGUUUUCCUUUCCUUUCCUUUCCUCUCUUUUUGUUUGGUUUUGGUUUCCUUUGUUACUCGGUAUCUUGGGAUCUGUUUUCCUACGUGUUUUGUACUCUCGUGCCUUCAGCUUGUGCACUUUGCAACUUUAUAGACCAUGUGUUGUCAGCUGCAAAAUGUGUCCUGGAGGAGAAACUUGAUGUGAACAAACAAUGCUGCAAAGCUGCACUUUUCCUCUUGCGUUAAUGGGAGGUGAAUUUAUAGGAGGAAGGAAGAAAAGUUUGGCCUUUCACCGCCACUAAGAGCGACUUGGAAGUUUGUCCCCUUUUCUUUUUCAUGUGUAUUAGUGUUUAAUGCUGGGACCAACUCUUGUGGAACACCUCUCAUUGACUUUUCAUUGGCUUCCAUAAUUGCAAUAGCUCAAGAUGUGACUUCCAGACUGAUUGAAAUACUGAGGUGGAUUUUAUGCUGUGCAGCAUAGAAACGAUGCGGGCAAGAUUCUCCAGUCUGCAAAGCGCAUCUCUGUCAGCACCAACCAGAUUUGCACCUGGGCCAUCAGUCAACAGUGGUACUUGUCCAAGAUCACUUUGUGGCUCCUGUGCCAUUUCCCCUGUUCUGAGGAUGUGGUGGGAGCCUGACAGCAGGAUGUAGUCAGAAUCAGGGAGUUGAGGAGCGUAAUGCACGCCUGUGGACCCAUCGGCUUCCUGCUUCCAGCCUGGUGUCAACUCAGCUGGAGAUCCAGCUGAGCCCAACUCCAGGAGCUCUGGACCUCGGGUCUAAAUACUAAUGAUUGUGAGAUGGGCUUUAAUCAGUGCUAUGGCUAAUGCAGCUCUUUCAUGAGGGGAGAAACAUACUUGAAAAAGCAGUUGAACUACAGGGUUGAGGGUUUGGGGGUAUUUUGUGUGUGUGUGUGUUACUCUGGAUUUAUUUUUUAUCACCUUUAGCUAAUGAAAUGAGUUGGUAACAUAAAAUCUUCCUGAAGUGAAACAAAGCUUUGUUCAGUGUUGUCUUGUGCAACUCUUACUAAGCCUGUUAAAAAAUACAGCAGAAGAAAGCAACACAGCUCCCUUGAUGCUUGUAUGAGUUUGUCACAAAAGGCAGGGGAAAGGUUAAAGAGUAAAAGGCAAAAAGGAUGUGGCAGGGACAGAGUUCCUUUGUUGUUGUUGUAGAGCCAGGCUCCAUGUA